AGAAAACUCACGUAAAACCAUCUUGCGUGGCCGGUUGAAGCUUCCUCAUCCAUCGUCAAUUGUCGUGUUUUCUCUCCCAUCGCUACGAUUCCACUACUCCCAACUUGUAGGAAGCUUUUCCGUUGUUAUUUGUCUUUGCUCGUCACCGAGCUCGGUCCGCCUAAGGAAAUUAUCCGCUUUCCGGAACUUCCAUUAUGAGGACGGCCAGGCUGCCCAACUCAGUAUCGGCCGGUCGUGUGUACCGCGCGACUGCCCCGCAACUUUCCAGUAUCGCGAUCGCCCGGUCCAUCGCACAUCUGCAACGUAGCAGUCGAGUCUUUCCCACACACCAAACCGCACUGGCAAUUCUCAUCCCCCGUUAUCGCACAUACUCUACAGGACCUUCGACAUCCACAUCUUCCGGAGGAAACUCAUCUUUCCCGCCCCCGGGUUUCAAUGCCGAACAAGCAAAAAAGCCUCUUCAGUCGUCGGAGACCCGGAAACAAUCGGACCAAGUCACCAGUAAGGAUGGGAACGCUGAUGCUGCUUCUUCUUUGAGUAAAGAUGGAGGGAAAGCACCUAGUCUGGCUGAGAAUGUCGCUGCAGGCGGCCAAAAAACUGCCACUGAGACUGAGAAGCGAGCUUUGGAGAAAAAGGGAGAGACCAAAAAGAUGACCAUCGGACAGAGAAUCAAGCACGAGGUUCAGCAUUAUUGGGACGGCACGAAGCUUCUUGCUACGGAGGUCAAAAUUAGUGUGAAGCUGGCCAUGAAGAUGGCAGCCGGCUAUGAGCUGAGUCGCCGAGAGCAUAGACAGUUGCAAAGAACUGUUAAAGAUCUUGGUCGCUUGGUACCUUUCUCCGUUUUCGUCAUUGUCCCCUUUGCCGAGUUGCUACUCCCCAUUGCUCUACGACUCUUCCCCAAUAUGCUUCCCAGUACAUACGAGGGCCAGAAAUCGCGGGACGCAAAAGCUGAAAGCCUUCGAGGCACUCGUAAGGAAGUUUCGGCAUUCUUGAAGGACACUCUGAGGGAGACUGGUCUUCCCUUGAGUGCAGCCAACGCGAAGAAGGAAGAGUUCACUGAAUUUUUCAGAAAGGUUCGUUCGACUGGCGAAACGCCUUCAGAUGCAGAUGUUAUCAAAGUCUGCAAAAUAUUCAAAGAUGAUUUGACAUUGGAUAACUUGUCGCGUCCACAAUUGGUUGGUAUGUGCAAAUAUAUGAAUUUGAACACUUUCGGUACGGAUGCCAUGCUUAGGUACACCAUUCGCCAUCGAAUGCGACAAAUCAAGCGCGACGAUAGAGCUAUAUAUUAUGAAGGCGUGGAUUCGCUUUCUGUUCCAGAAUUGCAGAUGGCGUGCGCUUCUCGGGGUCUUCGCACGCACGGCAUGUCUCCAGCACGUCUCCGUGAUGAUCUCUCUAUGUGGCUUGACUUGCGUCUUACCCAGGGUGUUCCAUCAACGCUAUUAGUUCUAAGCAACGCUUAUCAAUAUACCCAGCAAAACACCGAUCCGGAGUUGUCCUCCCAGAUUGACGCUCUUCGUUCGGUAUUGUCCAGCAUUCCUGAAGAGCUGUUCCACGAGAUCGAACUAGAAGUCCACAAUGCCGAAGGCGCUGCUACCAACAGACAACGACUAGAAGUCGUGAAGGAACAGCAAGAGCUGAUUGAGGAAGAAAACGAGCAAAACACCGAGAAUGAAGGCCAGGGAGUGUCAGCACCCAAAGACAUUGAGAAUAUCGACGACAAAGAAGAUACUCAGAAGGCCGAUGCAUCCGAUAAGACUACGCAGCAAAUUUCGGAAGCAAAUGAAGCCGCAGCCGACGAAGUAUCAGCAGAACAACAGACCCAGCGGGAGGAGAAACUCGUUUCUGAGAAGAACCCUGACAAGAAGGAGUAAGCAGCAAAUUAACACAGAAGCUGUGGUUUCCAAAACAUCUCCUUUCAUUUGGCCGUUUCUCUCCUCACCACACAAAAUUUAUAUAGACCAUAUGUCUGGCCACGUCGAUCGCCAGCAUGUGUGAUGUAGGUUUUUUUAUUUACUUUGCUUACUAUUAUCCUUUUGUUUUAUUUUGGAAGGCUGGGUUAUGGAGCAUGAUCAUAUAGAGUAAGAAAUUCAUGUAUCAGUGUUUUGGGAGGUAUUUGCGGUAACGUGGUUGUUUUGUCGAGGAAACAUACUCUCUUUAACCGCCUUUUCUGAUGUAACAUACUACUUCAUUCGUAUCAGAAAAAUCCAAUAUGUACAGCG